AUGAGUUCUCUCCCCACGGGACCAAAUUCUUCUCCGCAAACUCUCGACACCGCUGCCCCUCUCUUUUGCUUUAUCUUUGUCUACACGGACAAGCCUGAAGAUGGAGGAAUCAUCGUUGAUGUCAGCGGCAUCUCCCAGAACUACUCGGUCCGUGGCCAGAAGACUACAAGAAAGCAAGAACAAUCCGAUGGUACCGUUUCGAUUUCUGGACCUCCCAGCAGGCCGUCCCAGGUGCAGAAGUUCUUCAACGAUGUCGUUUCACCGACGGACUUGAAGAAGACCAUUACAAUCGUGGUUGACACCAAUGGUUGCGGCAUGAAUACUGUCGACAUAUUGCCAAUCCUUUUAUCGACAGUAUGCCAAGAAGAGAUUCAAUUUCAGUUCCGGUGCCCCCCUCACCAAGCCCGGUUAGAAGAAACCCUAAACAAAGCAAUCCAGCAAAGAUCGAAGUGGCAGACGUUGAUUUUUAGAGCGAAGCACAUAUACAUAUCCUUGAAUGGUCUACGCAUAGACUUCUAUAACAGAGGAUUGGUGGUUUGGGAGGAAGGAAUGGGUUGGGAGGAAGGAAUAGACACCGCUCCUAACAAGUUUUGGGGCGAUCUGGGCUUCGAAGUGCAAGAGACACACUGUUACGAUCGCCUGGAACUUCAGUUGCCCGAAGAACUCACUCUGCCAGACUCAGUGCUACUGUCUGUCGUACCUCACCUAGCUACGUGA